UUUCGUAGAGAAGCAGAAGGAAGCAAGAUGGCUGCCCUUUAGGAUUUGUUAGAAAGGAGACCCGACUGCAAGGACUGGAUUGCUGCAAGGCUCGGGGACGAGAACGAGGCUGGCAGACUUUCCGCAGCAAACCUCCCAGGAUUAUCCAUGUACCCUUGCUCCUGUUGAGCCUGCGCACUCGGAAGCAGGAGAUGGGUCCAUUCUCAGCCAAUAGGACAUGAUCCAGGAGGAGCAGUGAGGAAGAACAGAGCUGCUGGAUUCAUUCAGAGGGCAGCCUUGUGGAUGGCCCCGAAGCAAGCCCGAUGGAAGAGGAUAGAACCAACCAUGUGGAGGGCAACAGACAAAGUCCAUUCCUGAGACCAUUACCUUCCCCGAUCUGCCAGGCAGAACCUCUGGCUGUAAAACUCCAGAAUGGAAGCCCAGUAACUGAGAGACCACAUCAAGAAGUAAAUGGAGAUACCAAGUGGCAGUCUUUCAAGAGCUAUUACGGAAUACCGCAUAUGAAGGAUAGCCAGAGUAGUUGCACCAGUCCAGAUUUCAUCCAAGAAGGCCAAGGGUAUUCCAAGCAUUUGCCAAAUAGAGGAAUAAAACGCACACUUAGUGAACCGUCUCUCUCUGGGCUCCCAAAUAACCGGAAAUGGAAACAAGACCAAAAGGCUAAUGGAGAGAGAAAUAACUUCGGGGAAAGGCAAGAAAGAAAUCCAGGUAAAAGCAGCAGUCAACCAAAUGUCUCCGAUUUGAGUGAUAAGACAGAAUCUGUGAGCUCAGUCACCCAAGAAAAUUCAGUGAAAAAUUCCACCAGUUUCCCAUCCAGUCACUGCAACGGCUCUGAAAAUCCAGAGCUUCAGAUUCAGAAUGAGCAGGAAAGGGAAAAUGCUAGCUACCACAACAAGAACCUUGUAUUACUUCUUACAAACCAGGCAGUGCUAAUGCCUAAUGGUGCUACCGAAUCUGCCUCUUCCAUGGAAAACACACAUGGUGAGCUCCUGGAGAAAACACUGUCUCGAUACUAUCCAGGGUGUGUUUCCAAUACAGUGCAGACGACCACAUCUCACAUCAAUGCCAUUAACAGUCAGGCUACUAAUGAGUUGUCCUGUGAGCUCACUCACCCACUGCAUACCUCAGGGCAGAACAAUUCCCAGACCUCAAUCCCUGAGCUGCCACCAGAGCCAGCAGAGGCCUGUGAUGCUGAGCAUGCCAAGAAACCCAUGGCAAUGCUGGGGACCACUUGUUCCCCCCAAACACCAGACUACCGCCAACCACAAAAGUCACUCUUUGAGCUUGGCUCAUCUCCAGCAGAAAACAGCCACCUUCAAGGAAACAUGAGACUCGUCUCUGGUGAAGAAUUCUGUUCAGGUGUCAGAAGCAAGUCGCAAGCUCCUCAUGGCAACUCUGAACAGUAUUUAAAGCAAAAUGAAAUGAAUGGUGCUUACUUCAAGCGAAGCUCAGUGUUCACUAAGGAUUCCUUUCCUACCACUCCCACGCCACCCCAACUGCUUCUUUCUCCCCCUCCUCCUCUUUCUCCUCUUCCUCAGUUUCCUUCAGAAGGAAACAGCACUCUGAAGGAUGGAGUUUUGGAAGCAAACCACCACCAUCCGAACCAAAAUAACAUAACUCUUCUACAGGAAGUGAAAGUUGAAGGUCAACGUUUGACCAGAGCAUCCCAGAGUCCUGAUCCCUCUGCCAGCCUAUCCAACCCUUCCCUGUUGCUUCCAGAAGGUCCUCAGAAUAAUUGUGUUAAUAACAAUGGCCUCCGGACACCUGGUACAACCACUGUUCCCUUGGCUUCUGAGAAAACCACAGUAGCAGAACAUCUCAAACAUAACCCUCCAACCCUUGGUAGCCACCAUCCCCAGCAGCUGAUGGGCUGCAAAGAGGAAGCGAUGGGGAAGGAUCGAACACAAGAUCACGUGCUCCCAACUCCACACUCUCUGAAACCAGGAUGGAUUGAAUUGAAGACUCCGCACUUUCAUCAAGCGGAAUCUCAUCCACCCUUCCGUGAGGCCUCGCGACAGUGUCAAUCCAACAAUGCCCAUCCAAUCACCUCCACACAAUACACUGGAAAUUCCAACAUAAGUGGAGGGCUCUCCAGGCAAGUUUAUCUCCAGAAAAUGAUGCCGCGGGAGCAGAAGUUACAAAUGUACCAGGUGGAGACAGGUCAAGGGCAGUCUCAAGGUAUGCUGGACCAACAUCUCCAGUUCCAAAAACUCUCUCCCCAAGGGCAUGUUUCUAAGACAGAGCCUUCGCCUGAACCUCCCAGGAAGGUACCGUGUGCCUCUCGAUUUUAUUUUCCACAAAGAGCAGAUCCACACACUGAGAAGUUCCUGUCCCCACAAUUAAAACGGCACUUGAAUCAACAGGUUACUGAGCCUGAGCCCUUUUCAAGCUCAACACUUAAGCGUCUCAAGAAGGCUGAACAAAUCCCACCAUCCCCAGAUCCACACUUCUCUCAAAACCAGCAGCUGCAGCAGCAAAAAUUACAAAUGAGGAGUAAAGAACAAAUGUCUCAGGCUUUCCCUCACCCCCAAGGUAAUAACGAUCAGCAAAGAGAAGGAUCAUUCUUUGGCCAGAUUAAAGUAGAAGACUGCUUUAGUGGUGAAAAUCAGUAUUCAAAACCAAAUGAGUUCCAAGCUCGUACUACCCAAGAAAAAUUAGAGCAAGUACAGAAUACUAAUAGAAAUGUCCCUUAUGGUCAGAUCUUGAAGUCAAGUGCAAGCAAUCCACACCUUAUCCCAGAGGGUAAUGAACAAACCAUACAUUCUGAAGUCUUUGGAGGAAGCAAGACCCCCAACUUGCACCACAUGCACUAUUUUCCAAAUCAUGUGACUCCAAAGCAAGAAGUUCCUCACAGGUGCUUUCAAGAACAAGAGCAGAAGCCUCCACAAGCUUCAGUUCUACAGGGAUAUAAAAGCAGAAGCCAGGAAAUGUCAGGACAACAAACUGUACAACUAGCUCAGCAAAGGUACUUGAUGCAUCACCCUGCAGAGGCAUUUCCUGCUUCUGAUCAGGGAGGAUGUCGCAUUCGUGUUAGCCCUACCCCAAAGGACAUCCAAAAGCAUGCUGCUCUCAGGUGGCACCUCUUGCAAAAGCAAGAGCAGCAGCAAGCUCAGCAAGUCCAAGCUGAGUCCUGCCAAAAUCAGAUGCACAGGCCCAUCAAAAGUGAGCCUGGCUCCAAGCCCCAGGCCUGUAUGCGUGCAACAACACCUCAAGAGAACAAAACUUGGAAAAAGACACCCAAACAAGAGAUUCCACCUCUGAGCGGCGAGAAUAGCCAGCAGAAGAGCAUCAUCGAGACCAUGGAACUGCAGGUGAAGCAGUUUCAGGCCAAAUCACUCUUUGACCAUAAAGCACUUAGUCUCAAGUCCCAGAAACAUGUGAAAGUAGAGAUGUCUGGGCCAGUGACAGUUUUAACGACACAAAUCAAUAGCCACACUUCAACAUCAGAGCAGCCAGCAUCGCCUUUAGAAAAGACGCCCAGCAAAAGAACAGCUGGCUCCAUUUUCAAUAGUUUUGUAGAGUCACCUUCCCAAUUAUUUGAGGCGCCUAUAAAAAAUUUAUGGAGUGCACCUGCCAAGACCCAGUAUGAUUUCCCAUCGUGCAGAUGUGUAGAGCAAAUUAUUGAAAAAGAUGAAGGUCCUUUUUAUACCCAUCUAGGAGCAGGUCCUAAUGUGGCAGCUAUUAGAGAAAUCAUGGAAGAAAGGUUUGGAGAGAAGGGUAAAGCUAUUAGAAUUGAAAGGGCCGUCUAUACCGGCAAAGAAGGCAAAAGUUCUCAGGGAUGCCCUAUUGCUAAAUGGGUGAUACGCAGAGCUAGCCUGGAGGAGAAGCUGCUGUGUUGUGUCCGAGAGCGAGCUGGCCACCGCUGCGAGGCGGCCGUGAUCGUGAUUCUCAUCCUGGUGUGGGACGCGAUUCCCAUCCAGCUGGCCGACACCCUGUACUCGGAGCUCACCCAGUCGCUGAGGAAGAACGGCGCCCUCACCAAUCGCCGCUGUGCCCUCAAUGAAGAGAGAACCUGUGCCUGUCAGGGGCUGGACCCAGAGACCUUCGGUGCCUCCUUUUCUUUUGGUUGUUCAUGGAGCAUGUACUACAAUGGAUGUAAGUUUGCCAGAAGCAAGAACCCAAGAAAAUUUAAGCUGCUUGGGGAUGAUCCAAAAGAGGAAGAAAAACUAGAGUCAUAUUUUCAAAAUCUGGCCACUCUUCUUGCCCCAAAAUACAAGACGCUUGCACCAGAUGCAUACCAUAAUCAGAUUGAGUUCGAACACAGAGCUCCGGAGUGCCGCCUGGGUCUGGGGGAAGGUCGCCCAUUCUCUGGGGUGACUGCGUGCUUGGACUUCUGUGCUCACGCCCACAGGGACCUACACAAUAUGCCGAAUGGCAGCACAUUGGUAUGCACCCUCACAAAAGAAGGCAAUCGAGAAUUUGGAGUGAAACCUGAGGAUGAGCAGCUCCACGUACUGCCUCUGUACAAAAUCUCUGAUGUGGAUGAGUUCGGGAGUGUGGAAGGCCAGGAGGAGAAAAAACGCAGUGGUGCUAUUGAGGUUCUCACCCGUUUUCAUCACAAAGUCCGGAUGCUAGCCGAGCCGGCCAAGAGUUGUCGACAAAGGAAACUUGAAGCCAGGAAAGCUGCCGCUGAGAAGCUUUCCAAUUCUUUGGAGAACAACUCAAGCAAGAAUGAGAAGGAAAAGUCAGCCUCAUCACGGACAAAGCAGACUGAAACUGUAGGCCAGGCCAAACAGCUGGCAGAACUUUUUCGACAUUCUGGACCAGUCACCCCUCAGAGCCACCAGAGCCACCAGAGCCAGCGACCCCAGGCACCCCAGCUGCCGCCACAGCACACUUUGACCAGCAACCCUCAGUCAGAAUCUGUCAGCUCUUCCUCUUCCUCCACGUCCAGCAAUGUGUACAUGAGACGGCCCAAUCCCAUCAGUCCUUAUCCAAGCUCCCCGCACCCGUCAGAUAUUUAUGGUGGCGCCAACCACAUGAAUCUCUAUUCCACCUCCCCCCAGGCUGCUAGUUCAUAUCUGAGUUCUUCUAAUCCCAUGCACCCCUAUCCUGGACUUUUAAAUCAGAAUAACCAGUACCCAUCCUAUCAGUGCAAUGGCACUGCGUCCAUGGACAACUGCUCCUCCUAUCUGGGCUCCUAUUCGUCCCUGACUCAACCCAUGGAUUUAUACAGAUACCCAAACCAAGAUCAUCUCUCCAGGCUGAAUCUUCCACCCAUCCACACACUCUACCAGCAGAGGUAUGGCAACGACCAGAGGAUCACUUCGAAGUACUACGGAAACCAAAACCUGCAGGGCGAUACCUCCAGCGGUUCUACCCUGAGACCAAGUGUUUGCCAGGCGGGGCCCUUCCGUCCCCACUCGGCUCCCGAGGCGGAAGACCCCUGCAUGGGAGCUGCCUCCAGAUUACCACCCAGUUCCAGCAACCCAAGCCUAGAUUGUAAAAACAAUGAUCCUCAGCCACCUGCUCCCCUGACCCCCAACUACAGCACAGGCCUGGGCUCCCUUCACACCCUGAACCUGCAACCCAAGACCAACAACGCGCUUGCCCACACCACCAACGGGCUUUCCAAGAUGUUUCCAGGGCUGAGCCAGGACGGAGCUGCUGCCGCUCCUCCCAGCGUGCUGUACAGGUUAAGCGAUGCUGGCAGUCAGGACAAGCAGCCCAUGCCUGUGGUCCAGGCGGUGGGUCCGGGUAAAGAGGACAACGAAGAAGUCUGGUCAGACAGUGAACAGAGCUUCCUGGAUCCUGACCUUGGGGGUUUGGCUGUGGCUCCAACUCAUGGGUCCCUGCUCAUUGAGUGCGCAAAGCGUGAGCUUCAUGCCACCACCCCCCUAAAGAACCCAGAUAGGAACAAUCCCACCAGGAUCUCGCUGGUCUUUUACCAACACAAGAGUAUGAAUGAACCAAAGCACGGCCUGGCGCACUGGGAAGCCAAAAUGGCUGAAAAAGCUCGGGAGAAAGAGGAAGAGUGUGAGAAGUACGGCCCGGAUUAUGUGCCUCAGAAAACGCAUGGCAAAAAAGCGAAGCGGGAGCCGGCCGAGCCGCACGAGCCCGCUGAGCCCACCUACCUGCGCUUCAUCAAGUCUCUGGUGGAAAAGACCAUCUCGGUGACCACAGAUUCCACGGUGACCACGUCUCCAUACGCCUUCACCAGGGUCACGGGGCCUUACAACAGGUACAUAUGAGGCCCCUACGGCCAGUGACCCCAUGUGAACUGACAUCAGCCACCCUAGUGCUUCGUGUAGCUCUCAAGACCUGGGCAGGGUGGAGAGGGGAACGGGGGAGCUUCAUUUCCACUGAUCCCCAAGUGGUCAUUCACCAAUGGUGUCCAGGAAAACAAAAAAAAUAGCAUUCUAUGCAAAAAGCAAAAAACAAAACAAAAAAAAAGGUGUGGACAUAUCCUUGAUUUCGUUUCCAUUUUCAAACACUGGUUCUGUGAUGGGAGGGUCUAAUAGGUAAAUGUGAUUCCCUUUAACAGCUCAGCCUAUCUGUGGCCACUUUGAAUAAUACAUAAGGUUUGCGUAGUGUUGGGACACAAAAACUGUCACCGUACAGUUGCAGGAAUCUUCACAUAGCAUCUGGUGCUGAAUAUACAAUGUACUGAAAUACUGGAAUCAUGGCUUUUUAACAUGCAGUUCUUACUGUACUCUUAAUAUUAACUUAUUUAUCAAUAUAGCUACAGGAAGAAGCAUUGAGUAACAGCAAAACACUGAAUUUGUUUGGAUGUGCUACAAACUGGUGCUAAGAAAAUGGUGUCUUUAAUAGCUGAAAACAAUGCCUUUCUAUCAUCAAGUUGCUGUCAAUGUACCCUCGUGAUAACACCCCUUGAAGAGUUAGGGGUACCUUUGCAUUCAAGUUUUUAAUCAAAGUGAUCUGUUCUUAUACAAGCUUACUUUAAAAAAAAAAAAAAAAAGGACAUUUUAAUGGCCUCUGGAUCUUGUUCAUCCACUCACGUCCUUACAGGACAAUAAAUGUACGCAUGUACAUAUACACACAUAUGUUUGUAUACAUGUAUAUGUCUAACUAUUUUAAAUGGUGUUUUAGAAGCACUUUGCCUACCUAAGCCUUGGCAACUUGAACAAUGCGAAGGUACUGAGACGUUUAAGAAAGAAACAAAGGUUUACUUUUAUUUUGAGAUGAAAAAGAUUAAAAAAAAACAAACACACACACACCCUGAAAGCUUACUGGAUUCAAAGGAAUACGUCAGUCCAUAAGACACAUGUGUUCUGGUGCUCAUUUCCCAUGCUAUACAGUCCAAUACAAAACUGUAUGACAAGUUUGUCACUCAGAAAUGUACCUUUUUUUAUGCAGAAUUUUCCGUUAGCUGUGGGUUGUGCUUAGCCACAUGCUAAAGACUCAGCCACUCUUAGUUACUGAAGCUUGCGCUGGUCUCCAGACCUAGGUGAUCUUCAGAGACCAGAACGGCUGUCUGCUUUUAUGUUGAAACUUGUGUUCAUCAUUGUGAUUGCUUAGGAAGAUUGAAGUGGACUGAAUAAACAGGGUUAGUUCCAUUUGAAUCUUGAUGGUUACAAAGAAGGCAACGAAAAAAUAAAUAAAUAAAAAACAGGCAGCUGGUUUGCUGUGGUGAUUUAAAAUCAUUAAUUUGUAUAAAGAAGUUAAAAGAGUUAUAUAGUAAAUUAAAUUGUAAACAAAGCUUUUUUAAUGCAAGGCUUUAGUAUUUUAGUACUGUAAAAAUUUUAAAUAUAUACAUAUUUGUGUAUAUGUGUGUAUAUAUACAUAUAUAUAUAUAUAUAUGUAUAUAUACACCCAUACUUACAUGAGAUGAAAGCAGAUUUCACAUCACAAUGGUGCUACUCAGCCUGCUACAAAUAUAUCAUAAUGUGAGUGAAGAAUUAAAGGUUUGAGUGAUGUCCCUGGUUGUCAUAUACCUCAAUAUUAGUGUGGCAAUAAGAUAGGAACUGAGUGUAAACUUAGCAUUGUGUACCACCAUUUUGUUUUUCAAGUCAUUUUUUAUUGCUUUAAAAAAAAGCAUACUUUUUUUUUUUAAAUCAAUACUUGAUUUUUUAGCAAGUAUAACUUGAACAUCAACCUUUUUGUUCUAAAAAUUCAGGGAUAUCUCAGCUCAUGUUCUCCUAUGCCAAUGUCACCUGUGUUUAUGUAAAAUUGUUUUAGGUUAAUAAAUGUAUUCCUUUUCUUUCAGGGAUCUAACCCUUUUAUUUUGAAUCCCUCCUAUUUUCCUUGUAUAUGUAUUGAUGUAAGUAA